UUUUGAUACUGCAAGGUUGUGAUUGGCGCAAGUGCUUUUGACGUCAUGUGUAGUAUUCUCACCCACUGUAGAUUUGACAAGUUUACCAUAUCCUAGUGGUGGAAACAAGGAAAUAAAUGUCUUGCUGACGACCCUGUAAUUUUUUAUGUCCUUUUAACUGAAGACGUGAUUGUUGUUCACUUCCAGGAAAGGAGAAGGUUUAUUGUGGAGUGCAAGUGUUGUGUCGUUCCUUUGAGCUUUUCCCAUUAGUAAGCACACUGAAACCAUGUUUGGGUCUGAUACCGGUCAGUCUUCCCUUUUGGUACCCCCUUCACCCCCCAGGGGGGCCGGCCGCCCAAGGUCCUUCUCUACUUCUGUACCUACUUCUAACUUUCCUUACAUAGGAGCUUCACGUAUGAUGCAGGGGCAUGCGAUUUCCAUGCGGCUGGUUCCCGCAGCAACAAACGCAAUGGGAAUGUAUACAUUACGGCAAUUACACUUGAGCCGUGCAAAGCUCAAAGCCUCAAGUCGAACAUCAGCCUUACUCUCUGGUUUUGCAAUGGUAGCCAUGGUUGAAGUACAGUUAACCCCACACUGUAAUUGUGAUAAGAGUAUGACCAAUUGCCCUGAAGAUAAAAGUCCCUGUAGCCAUGUUCCAGAGGGCUUAUUAAUAGCAUUCAGUGUAUGCACAACAUUACUUGUUGCUGUUCAUUUACUGGCAUUGAUGAUCUCCACGUGUGUGCUGCCACAUGUUGAAGCUGUUGCCAAUAUGACACACGUUGACUCUGUCACCAGUUUGCAUGGAGCGAAUACAAAUGUUAUAUCUGACUCGCCACAUCUGACCAUGCAUAGAAGAUCAACAGUCCACAGAUCCUCCAAUUCAGACCACAGAUACAUUGAAGCUGCAUGGAGCUUUUCAACUGUCUUUGGAAUAUUGCUCUUCUUGGUGGAAAUUGGCCUGUUGUCAUGGGUUAAGUUCCUGGAUUACUCGCAGAAUGCUGCAAUUGGUUCAACUGUACUCCUUGUUCCUAUAGUUAUUCUUUUUACACUCUUUGCUUUGCAUUUCUACUGGAAGUUAGUGGCUCAUAAAGUAGAAAAUGCCGAUAAAGACCUGAAAGAUAUUGAAGAGCAGUUACGAGCACUUCAACAAAGAUCAAAUGAUAGUCAGUAUAAUGGAGAACGUCGUUCCUCCGUACAAGUUGUGUGAUUGUUCAAUUUGUUUUAUGUAAGUGUAGUUUAAUACAGAGUAGAUAGCAUUUAAAUUAUUUUUGUAAGUAUGACUGAUGAUAUACUGUAUGUUUGGUGUUUGAGCCUCAUUUAUAGGUGUCCUGAAGCCCUGAUCUUUCUUGACCUUUUGAAAUCUAUGAGUAUAUGAAAGUACUUAAUUAUUUAAGUCACAUCAAGUGGUUGUUACAUUAGUUUGAAAUUAUGUUACAGACUUUGUGGUUUUACCUCACAAAAUUCAUAAAUAUUAUAUUCAUAGAUAACAGAACUUUUUAGGUCAGGGCCAAGAAUAAUUGCUUUUUCAUGGAUUUUAUUCUUGGGAUAGCAAUAGAAUGCUUAUGGAAUGUGUUGAUAACAUUUUUUAAAGUGCAAUCUCAUUGCUUUUGACCUUGUAUUUAUUCUUGGCAUUACAUUGAAUUUUAGAGUGAUUACCAUAUAUUGAUAUAUCUGUUUUAUUUAGGUUAAGUGAGUUUUCAUUACAAACUGUUACAUCAACAACAGGUGAAACCUAAAGUAAAAUUAGGUUGACAGUAGUCAGCAUGUUGAUUAUUUGUAAUUUUAUCAUGACACAAACAUACCCUUUUCAUUCACCUAAAUAAAAGAUUUUGCUGUU